CUACCCUUCCUCUUCAUAUAACGCGGAAGUUGACAGAUACAGGACGAAAACAGGUAGAACGUCUCUUCCUUAAUAUAUCGCUUCCUUCUUUCUUUUUUCAAACGACAAAGUUAACUUUUUGAACGCGGAAGGGCUAACCUUUUAAACGGCUCUGCGAUAUUUAAACGUCUUUUAAACCAUACUGAGAAAAAAAAACCGUCGUUUGGUGAAAGUGAAAGUAACACGGCUAACAUGGCAGACUACGGUGACGAGGACAUAACAGACAGGACCUCUCUUAUAGAGUCAGACUUAACGUGUCCUGUGUGCAAAGACAUUUUUAAGGAGCCCGUGUUACUCUCGUGUAGCCACAGUUUCUGUAAUGAAUGUUUGGAGGGCAGCUGGAAGAACCAGUCAAAACGACAGUGUCCGAUGUGCCGAAAAUGCUGCGACGGAGAGACACCGAUCCCCAACCGCGCACUAAAAAACACCUGCGUGUCCUAUAAAAAAGAGAGGAACUGGAGAGGACAGGGUACUGGCAUAGAUGAGGUCAUGUGUGGUUUGCACCAGCGGCCCUUCCAGCUCUUCUGCAUUAAAGACGAGGAACCCGUGUGCGUCGACUGCGUAACUCUUCACCCAGUACACGAGCUGGUGCCUAUAGAGCAAGGAGUGCCUUUCUGCAAGGAGGAGCUUAACAUGAAAAUCAAAAUACUGGAGAGCAAGCAAGACUCCUUCAAAAGAAUGAAAAAAAGAUAUAAAGACACCAUCUCGUUUAUUGAGAGCCAGACUAAGGACGCGGAGCAACAAAUCAAAGAGGAGUUUGAAAGGCUGCAUCAGGUCUUGCGUGACGAGGAGACGUCUAGAAUAAAUGCUCUGCAUAGAGAAGAGCACGAGAAGAGGCUAAUGGUGAACGAGAAGAUUGAUACCAUCAGUCGUGAUAUCAUAGCUCUUGCAGAAUUGAUUCAGGCAGUAAAGAGGGAAAUGGGAGCUGAGGAUUUGACUUUCCUUCAGAAUUUCCAGAAGCUAAAAAGACGAACCCAGUGGACUAGCGAGGAACCAAAGAAGGUUCAUGGAGCGCUCAUCAACAUGGCCUUGCAUGUAGGUGCUUUGGGUUACAAAGUAUGGGAGAAGAUGUUGAAUCAUGUCACAUGCUUGCCUGUAAUCCUGGAUCCCAACACAGUCUCGCCCUGGCUCUCCAUAUCUCCUGAUUUCUCCAGUGUGCAACAGAGUCUGGAAAGGCAGACUUUUCCAGACAACCCUGAGAGGUUUGAUCCCUGUGUUUUUGUCCUUGGCUCAGAGGGUUUCUCCACAGGGCGCCACCGUUGGGAGGUCCGUGUGGCUGACCACCCCAAAUGGAUUUUAGGAGUAUGCAAGGAGUCAGUGGUUCGGAAGAGGAAGUUCACAGUAACAACGAAAGCUGGAGUGUGGACCAUCGGUCUGAGCAAAGGAGUCUACAGCGCCUUUACCACUCCACGCAAUGAGCUGAAUCUAGAGAGAAGGCCUGAAACCAUCAGGGUCAAGGUCAAUAUGGAGAAGGGAGAGGUGUCCUUCUGGGAUACAGGCAACAACAAACACCUAUGUACAUACAAUGAUAAGUUCAAUGAGAAGCUGUUCCCCAUCUUUGGCCCAGGCCUCCAGAGCACACCCAUCACUAUCAUGCCUGCUAAAGUGACCAUACACAAACAAUAAGUACAUAUGCUUUGUAAAUAUGCUUUAUAUCUAAGCCUGGUGAGACUGAAAAGUCUAAAACCUUCACUAAAGUCGCUACCUAUUUUGAACCGAAUUGAAGGAACAUUUUGGAAUCAGUGCAAAUUAAUCACAUUCAACAGCAUUUUGGCAUAAUUUGACAAUUCCCUCUUUCAAAAAAAGUUAGAAGUUAGAAACUUACAAUUAAAAGUGAAUUUUAUUUUAUAAAAUGUUAUAAACAUUAAAAUAAUCUUUGGAUAGUAUAGCCACAAGACAUAAACAAUGUGCAUUAUUAAAAUGAUUUUAGCAUGAAAAAAAUACUUACUAUCUAUAUACAAUUUUAUCAUCAUGACACCAUAAACCCUUAAAAGACAUGAUUUAUCAUGAUUUAAUAUCAUGAUUUACACAGUGUUACAGAUUAAUAAUAGAUUUAAAAGAAUAAUAAAUGCAGGCGCUUUUAAAAAAUGGUGAGCUUUUAAAAAAUCCUCCAAAAAUUGGGCAAAAUUUUUUUCUUUUCUUUUUUUUUUUUUUUUUUAAGGGAAACGGGACAAAUAGAAAUGAUUUGUUAUGGCAACAAACGUUAUGCCACAUACGCUGUUGAUUGUGAACAUGGAAAAUUCCUGAAAAUGGGAAGAGAAAGAAAUGAAGGGGAGCAGCCCUUCCUGAUACGUUAUCCUAAAUUUAUUUAAUGAUUUAUGUUUGUGUUUUUGUUCGUUAGUUCUUUUAAUAUUAUGUUUGUGUGAUUUCCUGUGUCAGGAUGGAGAUGUUUCCCAUCCUCCUCAAUAUGAAUGGAAUCUUUAGAGCUUCUAAAACACUAUUGAUCAUUCCGUACAGAAUGUCACCUUCAAAUCUUUUGAAUCCUACUUCUGUUGAAUGCCAACAACUAAAUUGCAACCAUUAAGUUAUAUUAUUGUUAUAUUUUUAUAGUUAAAGAUGAUUUUUUUUUCCAUUUUUAUUUGCCAUUUAAUUGUGCCAGGUAUGCUAUUUACAAUAAUAAAGUACAGCUUUUGAUAUCACCGGGUGACAGUUAAAAAAACCUAAAUCUAAUGAGGCGACAAUAAAAGAUCUCAUUCAUCAGGCUGUGUUUGUGUGCCUCCAGCAUUUUAGUGUAAUAUCUUCCAGACAAAAAGGAGCUCUACAUUGGUUAAUAAUAGAAAAAUCUCAGAUUUCACCAGUUCCAGUAAGAUUAGCUAAAACUUUAAUUAUUGUUAAAGCACGUUUUGCAUAAUUUGUUGGAAGCAUUAAAGCUAUUCCAGUA